AGUACAAAACAAUUCUUUAUCUUAGUGGAGUCGUGACGACACGGUCUUUAUAAAUGAAAGGUGCGGUGUAAAAAACCUCCAGUUGAUCUCAACGCUUGCCUGACGUUCGGCUACAGUGCGAGCCAACGUUCGACAAAAUCAUCGUUUUGCAAAUAAUUUUCGUGUCGCAAGUGUGUAUCAUUGAUUACAUAAAAUGCCUUGUCCGUUUUUGGGGUCGUUCAACCAAGCCUUCGUGAGGAAUUAUGGGUCCUCGCUGAUGAAGCAGUAUGGAAAUUACUGCCCAAUGAUUUCUCGCGCUUUCCGCACUCUGGGCCAAGACGAGACGAAGUGUCCGUUCAUUCAACAGAACUCGAUUAUUUCCGAGGCGCCGAAGGAGAUGUCGGAGGACAUCGUCGAGCCUGUCAAUUCGUUCAAGUACGAAAAAUUCUUCAAUGAUCAAAUAAGUGCCAAGAAAAAGGAUUACUCCUACCGCAUAUUUAGAAAGGUAUCGCGGUUAGCUGCCGACGGAGUGUACCCGCAAGCUCUAGAGGGCCAAGAGAACCGCCGAGUGACCGUCUGGUGCGCCAACGACUACCUCGGUGCGUCGCGUCAUCCCGUCGUCCAAGAUGCUGCCAUCGCUGCCAUCAAAUCCUAUGGCACUGGAGCUGGAGGUACUCGUAACAUCGCUGGUAACUCACAAAUGACUGAAAAACUAGAAGGUGAAAUUGCUAAACUACAUAACAAACCUGCAGCUCUAAUAUUCAGUUCAUGUUUUGUUGCCAAUGAUGCAACACUAUCUACACUGGCCAAAAUACUACCCGAUUGUAUAGUUUAUUCUGAUGCUGGGAAUCAUGCUUCAAUGAUCCAGGGGAUACGGAACAGUCGAGCACCCAAACAUAUCUUUAGGCAUAAUGAUCCAAAUCACCUUCGAGAAUUAUUAUCAAAAUCACCUGCGGGUGUACCAAAGCUGGUGGUUUUUGAAACGGUACACUCAAUGAGUGGAGCCAUUUGUCCUUUGGAGGAAAUGUGUAACAUAGCACAUCAGUAUGGAGCGUUGACAUUUGUAGAUGAAGUCCAUGCGGUAGGGCUAUAUGGAAAGAGCGGUGCUGGGAUUGGAGAAGAGAGAGGGGUCCAACAUUUAAUAGAUAUUGUAUCCGGAACAUUGGGAAAAGCUUAUGGUAAUGUUGGAGGAUACAUAGCAGGGUCAACAUUACUCAUAGACACUAUAAGAUCACUGGCACCAGGAUUUAUCUUUACAACAGCUCUUCCACCUCCCGUGCUGGCGGGAUCUUUAGCUGCCAUUAGACUCCUCGCCAGCGAAGAAGGAAGGAACUUAAGAUCAAAACACCAAGCCAUUGUUCGUUACUUUAAGCUAUCAUUGCUUGUCGCUGGUCUGCCUCAGUUGCCAUCGGUGAGCCACAUAGUGCCCGUGCCCAUUAAGGGGGCGGACAAAGUGGCGCUGGUGGCGGAAUCUCUCAUGAAGAGGGGACAUUACGUGCAAGCUAUAAACUAUCCCACCGUCGCUCGUGGCGAGGAACGUCUGCGUUUCGCUCCGGGCCCCUACCACACCCCAGAAAUGGUGGACAGCCUCGUAACUGCCUUAAUAGAAUCAUUCCACGAAAACAACAUAAACUUCGACCAGUUUAUGGUGAACGGUGCCUGCCGAGAGUGCAGCAUGGAGUACAAAGCGGACAUCAUGCAAGAUGAACUACUCAAGUUCCCGAUGCAGGUUGCAUAAAUUGUUUACUUCUUAGCUUUUGCUAAUCACGAGACAAAAAUGACAAAAAAAUAUGUUAUAUGUUGUAUAGUUUA